UUUUCAUAUUUUGCUUUUCAUUUCAACGUUGAAAAUGACGCAUGGUUUUCCGGUGAUUGUUUUUGAGCCGGAGGAGGAGCUUGUAUUUAGAGACAAACUUGGUCAUGUUACUGGUGUUCAGCUGAUAAUUAGAAAUAAGAAUCUUGAGGAGAUUUACUUUAAGGUUAAAUCAACUGCUAGUAAAUUCUACAGUGUGAGGCCUUCCUCUGGAACCAUUAAGCCUCAUGGUCAAGUCAAGGUUAUCAUUCAACCUCAUGAUGAUUCUGCUAAAUCGUUGGAUGUUAUUGAAGAGAAUAAUCAUCGCUUUAUGAUUCAGUCUGCUUUUGUUGACAACAAAUCUCCAAAAACAGCUGAUGAAUUUUGGCAAAGCUUUGAUAAGGGGAAAGUUCCUGUAACCACUUGUAAAUUGCAUGUUCGGGUUAAACGUCUGGAUUCUAAUGUUAUUUCCUCUACUGAAGCAACUAAUGGUGGAACUUCUCACAGUCAACAUCGACAAGGGCUUGAAGAUCAGGCUGAGGCAUUUGCUAAAGCGCAUUUUCAUGUGCAAAAUACUAGAGCUAAAGAGCAUGUUAAGGAUGUGGAGGCUGUUGUAAGGAAGGAGGAUCAUGAAAAGAAGACAAUCAAUGGAAAUGUGUCAAGUAUUCCAUCGAUUCCUCUUGUACGGGACAUUGUUGAAAAUAUUGGAUUAGUGGCGAAUACAGUUGAGGAAGUUCAGAAUGGUGUAAAAGGUGAUGAUAUGAAGGACGGAAAGAUUGAUGAGGCUUCUGAAUUGGAAAAGGUUAUUGGUAAAGACAAUAAAGAGGAGGGUAACAUGAUUAAGAAUAAGUUCAAAAAUUUGAAUGGUGCGGCAAAUGCGGUUGCUAAUGCUGAAGUUAUGGCGGAAAAUGAGGAGGAAAUUCAGAAAUCAUCGAAUCUCAACGUUGGUCCUUCAAAUGGUGAUUGUACAGAAGAGAUGCGUGUUCAAAUGGAGUCUCCACUUCCGAAUAACCAGCCGUCUCAUUUUACUAUUGCGAAUACUUCUAAUGAAACUAAAAUUGAUAAUUUAUCUUCAACAAUGUUUAAACAGCAAAAGCCUCUUUUUAAUUCUUCGCAAUUCUGCUAUUAUCCUAUGCCAUUUGUUGAGCCUGCUUUUCAUAGUGGAGCAGAAAGUGGAAAUGGAUAUUAUGGUCGUUAUAUUGCUAGUGUUCUUGACAAAAUGCCAAAGAAGAUUGCAAUUACUAUGAAACGUGAAAUUGCUGAACUUAUUGCUAAAUUUGAACAGAAGGUUGCUGAGGAGGAAAAUGAGUAAAAGAGUUAUUGAUUGGUUGAUUUUGCUAUAAAACAAGACAUUCUCGAGCUUUUACGUAAAUUAUUAUUUUUUGGAUUGUAAAGUUAUUUAAGGAGUAGAUAAUUAAUUAAUUUCUUUUUUUUGAAUGACAAUUUUCUGGAAUUAUUUUGAAUUUUAAUUUGAAAAGAUUUAGAAAAGAAAUUAAUUUUUUAUUUACAAAAUUAUGCUCAUUUUAAAUUAUUCUUUUUUGUUUUGGGAGAGAAUUGUUAGAGAAUUGUUUCAAAGUACACAUAUUCUUCUGCUUUCAUUUAUUCUGGGAUAUUUUAUUGUUUUGGAAGUGAUUAACUUAAAAUUAAAUUCAAAACACUCGUUUAUUACUGCGAAUUUUUUUGGAUUAUUAUUUAUUGGUAUAAAA